AUGGACAAGCGGACUCUUCUUGGCAGAAACGAAGUACCGGAACCGAUUCAAGCGCGUCAAAUCGCCUCUUCGUCGCAGUCGUCGCAAGACGAAGAUGAUCCCUAUCAAGAGAUUCUUCGAACAUACAACGACAACGUUUCACACUUGGUUUUCCACGGAUCAUCACUAAAAUCGAUGAGCAACCUUGAUUUUGAAUCAAUGAACCAACACUCCGGUCGAACGGAUCGUGCCGUGUACGAUUUCAGGAGAGGACGGAGAGUGAGCUUGGAGGAAGGACAAUGA